AUGGCUAACAGUAGUAGUGUUUUCGAUAUUGAUUCUAUAUUAGAUACAGAAGAAGCAAAGCUAUUGUCAGAUGGUAUAAAAAAAAAAUUAUCUGAAAACUUGAACAAAGCAUUACAAUCACAAAUGGAAAUAAAAGCUAGUAAAGACUUGGAAGAAAAUUUAGAAAAAAUAAUAUCUGAUGAAGAUGAGCGUACAAUAGUUAAAAAAGAAAUUGAAAAUCGUGUUAUGAAAGCAUGUGAUGCUUUAACAAGAAAAAGAAAAUAUAUGCAAGAAAAUCUUAGAAGAGAAGUAGUUGCUAAGCACAACAAUGUAAUUGAAGAAAUAGUGCGAAAAAAAAUGUUACAUGAAAAGAAAGAAAACUUUAGUGAUGUGGUUAAAUUUGAAGAAGGUGAAUACAAAAAGUCAGUUGAAAAAAAAAAUCAACACAAGGUUGAUCAAGGACAUGAAAGUCAAUCAAAAGGACCAUAUAAGAGUCAUGGAGGAAUACACAUUCAAGACCGUAAUCGUCAAUAUGGACGUAAUGGUAAAUCAAGAGGUUAUGUAUCAAAUGAGUAUCAACGAUCACUUGAUAAAUCAGAUGAGUUUUCACCAGAAAGAAGAAAUAAUUACCAAAGUUAA